AGCUAGCCAGCCAUCAACGCGAAUCGAAGGAGGUGAAGGGCCUGUUGUUUAUUUUAUUCACAAUCUCACAAAUUGAGUAGCUGUGCAGUGACCAGAUAUAAUCUAUCGAUUGUACAACAAAGCGGUCCCUCGCUGGUUGGGCACGAUCAUGGCACGGGAGCGGGCGACGCAGCCCCAGAAAAAGUCUUUCCAGCAGAGUCUGGAUGACAUCAAAGAGAAGAUGAAGGAGAAGAGGAACAAACGCCUUGAAAGCGCGUGCGCGGUUAAAAGAGGGAAGACAAAAACCAAAACAAAUAGUCAGGUGAAGCCCUUUGUGCUGAAGAGUGUGCAGGUGAACAACAAAGCACUGGCUCUUGCACUUCAGGCUGAGAGAGAGAAAGUGCGACAAGCCCAGGGAGUCAUACUGCAGCUGAAAAGAGAAAGGCAGGCCCUCUUCUUUCAUCUGUUAUUACUGAAACGGACUGCCUUAACCACGCAGAGUUCCACCCCUGAGCCACGACAACGACUGGAUUCUUCUUCCAGUGGCCUGUCAGGUUCUAAGAAAGGACUAGGAGGUGAUGAGUAUCCUGACAAAAUGGCUGCACAACCAGUUGAGGCUGUCAGCACGGGCGGUCACUGUCAUGAUGAAAUAUCACCACAGUUACCAGCAACAGUUGGAACAAGGCGUCGACGUAAAGCUGAUGGACGGAGGUCAGAAUGUAUUGACCCAUCCAAUACACCCCUUGCUGCUACAGAGGACCAGGAAUCUCGGCUGGUUGAAACUCGAGAGGACGUAGAAGAAGAAGCUGGACUUCAUGACUGCAGUGAGAUGAUGGAAACUUGUUUUGAACCAAGUAAUGUACAGACUAAGGUGCACCACGCCCCUGAGCCACCCAAAAAGAGAGGGCGACCCCCCAAACAGGCAACUCAAAAACAGGCAGCUCCCAAACAGACGGCUCCCAAACCGGCAGCUCGCAAACAGGCAGCUCCUAAACCGACAUCUCAGCUCUCUACCGAGGGGAACCAACCCCAAACCCCCCAGGUCCCUGAUCCCCCGUGCCCGGUUAGAGGGAGGCUGUUACAGACAGUCCCACACGCCCGUAGGGUGGUCGCCGCUCCACUGAAAAGGCCGUGGGAGAACAGCCGACCUCGUGCGCGCUCCAAGAGCCGGGAUCGUGCAGGUGUACGUGCCACACAGCCUCAGAAACACCAAGCCCCCAAUCCCAACUCCUCCCUGAAUAUGAACGACACAUUUGACUUUGACUGUGAGGAAGCAGUGCACAUGACCCCUUUUAGAGCGGGCCCAAAGGCAGAUCAGCGCUCGACUGAAACCGCUCAGGAUCCACCUCGAGAGGACACUCCGAAGACUAACAGCUCGUUGUCUGAGGAUGAUGAGGAAGAUGAUAGCUUGUACGUUCCUAACAGCAGAACAUGCCGGAAGCAGGAGGUCCACAGUCCCCCCAGACGGGCACGUUCAAAGAGAAGGGCUGCACUCCAGGGUGCUAAACAAGGAAAGAUUGGCCGCCGUCGCUCCUCGGACAUCAAGCCCCAACACCAGACAGAGAGGGAUUCCAGAAGGACAGAAGCGAUCACUGAUGACCGGACGGAAUCCUCUGACAAAGACGGGCGAGUCUCAGAAUCCUUUGGCACAGGAAUUGAGCCUCUGCCUUCUCCUGGCACAGAAUUACCGCCCGAUUCCCCAGUGUUUGUUUACUCUGAGAAUCUUGACCUGUCCGAGUACAGCAAAGACACUGAUACAGCAGUCCUGGAAGGACAAGGGCUGAGGUCUCCAGUGUGUUCUGAUACGGAAGAGGACCUUUUGUUGAUUGAGGAUCCGUUAUGUGGACUGACAAGCCGAAGCAAGUCUAUGGGGCUGCCUCGAGAAAAACCCUUACUGAAAUUCAGGAGAUGUGCAGGUGGAACAGUGGUACGGUCAGCGGUCGGCGUAGCUCUGACUGACAUGACCAAUCUCUCCCCAGCGGCCCGACGAGCCCUCCCCUCUGUUCAGAGCCACCCGCUCCCUGGCCACUCCCCCAUCAUCCGUAAACGCAGAUGCACUGUUGCUGUUGAUUACAAGGAGCCUUCAAUUAGCAAGAAGCUGAGACGUGGUGAUAAGUUCACAGACACAAAGUUUCUCCGCUCCCCCAUUUUCAAACAAAGACCUCGCAGCUCUCUCAAGAGGAUGUCCAGUCUUGGGAAAUAUAAUGAAUCAUUUGUCGGAUGCCAUUGACUGUCUUUCUGUGUAGAUGCAUUCUUAAGCGUUUGCUCGUCCCGUCUUAUUAUCUCUGUCCUAUCAUUAUCUCUGUCCUUUUGAAGAAAACCAUGAUUCAUUUUAAUUUCAUUUUACCUUGUAUGAUAUCAUAACAUGAUCAUUAAAGUUUGAUAGAAACAUCA